UAUAUAUGCGUUAUUAAAAAUAUUGCGUAUUAUAUAUCGUUAUUAUUUAUCUUUAUCGUUUAAAAAUAGAUUUAUAAUUAGAAAAUUUGUAUAAUUUAGAUUUAAAUCUGCAUAUAUGCAUAAGUGACGUAUGGUUGAAUUGAUAUUUAAUAUUUAACAACAUUCUAAUAAAUUAUUAGAUAUAAAUGUAUUAUUAUUACAUUUUCUUCAUCUUCUUCAUCAUCUUAAUAUACGUAGCCAACGAAAAUUUAUCGACCAAACGAUUUUAAUCUUCAUAGUUACGAAAUUAGGGGUUAGUUUCAUAGGCGAGUGUUUUAUUUUCUGACACGUUUUAUUAACGACACAACUUUAAAACGACAUGGAAUCAAAGAAUAAAACCUCUAGUAGAACUAUUGCAGCUUAAAAAAUAAGAUAACCUAUGACCCGUUGGUCAGAACUAAAACCGGAAAAGAAAGUUAUUUGAAAUUACUCCGCAAUACAAAAUUUGACGAUGUCGAUAAAUUAAUGCCGAAAGAUUUGGAAGAUUCUUUAAAAAGGGCAAAAGAAAAUCCGACAGAACCUUUCGCUUUUUUAACCAAAAUUCCGAUAGAAGAUACGAUCGAGGGAAACACAUUAACGAAAACGAAGAACGAAUCAACGGAGAUAGACAUUAAGUUGGCCAACCUGAUGAAACGUAUAGAAUUAAAUAAAAUUCUGUUAGAAAAAACGAAUCAACGCGUGAGGGAUAUCGAUUAUCUCGUUAAACGAAGCGAAUUGAUUUUACCGAAAAAUCAAAUUUAUGACGAGAAUAUCUACAUGAAAAUAAAGUCGACCGGUAAAAAGGAAUCGAUGAAAGUAGAAUCGUCAAUCGAAUAUCCAGAAAUUGAAAAAUUUCGUCGUACCAUGGACGCGACUAAGGAUAUGCUGAAUUACGUGAAGAAAAUUUCUAAAGGUGAAAUGACCUUGGACGAUUUACCUGAGGAACUUCUGAAUCUUAUAAAAUCAUCCAAAGAAAGUAAUGAAGACAUCAAAAUCGAUCAGUUAUAAAUUCCUGACGAACUCAUUCCUGAGAAACUCGUUCUGGGAUCGAAAAGAAGUUAAGAGAACAUCCGACAUGAAGGUAUCUCAGCGGCGGCAAUAUUUUCAUAAUAAAUCGUCCAUUAAAAUACAUCUAUUAUAUGUAUCAUAAAUAUUUGAAACAGAUUAUCAAUGAAAUGUAUAGUGGUAUGUGUAUAAGUGUGCAUGUAUAUAUAUUUAUAUACGUAGGUAUAAUAUGUAUGUAUGUAAGUAUAUAUGUAUGUACGUAUGUAUGCAUGCAUUUAUGUAAGUAUAUAUGUAUGUACGUAAAUAUGCAAUUAUGUACGUAUAUUUAUACAGAUCUAUUAACGAGGGUAGAAUAAAAUGCGUCCUCCAUUCUAUCCUCUUUCCAACCUCUCUCGACCCCUUCAAUUUUUUAUUUUUUAUUUUCUUUUUUAUUUUUAUUUUUAUUUUUCCUCCACUUUAUAUGUUCCUCCUUUAUCUAUCGAUCACGUUUUAAUCAGCAUAUAUUAUCUCGUCUCGUAUUACGGAUCCGUACGUACUUCAACAAUUUUUUCUCCUUUUUUUUUUUUUUUUUUUUUCUUCAAAAUUUCGAAUACUGAAAAUCGCCAAACGAUCACAACGUAACUAAUUGAUUCGUCUUCUUGAUCGGUUCUUGGCUCGUUUUAUUAAAAUUUUACUUCACGUUGAUGUAAUUUUCUCUAUCAUUUUAAUACUUGCAAAUUUAAAACACGCUCUUUUUUUUUUUUCUUUUUUUUCAUCGUUGAUCAAUACGUGAGUAGUGGUGGUGGUAGUGGUAUGGUUGUGCCAAUAUGGUAAUCGUCGAUUUGUCGGAUUGAUAAACAAUCAACUGGUUUUGUUAGUUUACAGUUUCGUCUAAUAGUUAUUGAACAACGGCGAGAGAUGACGACGUAGACGUUCGCGAAAUUUUGUUCGCGAAUUGAAUUGACUCGCGUUUCGUACCGGGAGUAGGUGCACAGCAAUUAAGCCGCGACCACGUGGAUUUCCGAAUCCGCAACGGAAGAUUGUAGGCAAACUCCAAAAUAAUUUCUUUUAUUAUCCGUCAUUUAUUAUUUCUCUCUCUCUCUCUCUCUCUCUCUCUCUCUCUCUCUCUCUCUCUCUCUUU